GUUAUGGGCGGGGUCAUGUCCCGCUGGGCGGUGCCCUCGCGCUGGACUUGUGCAUGUUGACCACGCCCCUUCUGCAUUUCGGAGAAGAUGGCGUCGCAAGUACAGAGAGGAGUGCCUCUAAGUGCGCUCUGUCCCAAGUUCCUCCACACAAACUCCACCAGCCACACCUGGCCCUUCAGUGCGAUCGCUGAAUUAAUAGAUAAUGCCUAUGAUCCAGAUGUCAAUGCCAAGCAGUUCUGGAUUGAUAAGACCCAGUUCAAAGGCCAAGACUGCCUCAUCUUCAUGGACAAUGGAAAUGGGCUGGACUAUGAAAAGAUGCACAAGAUGCUCAGUUUCGGUUACAGUGACAAGACAGUCAUAAACGGCCAGCACCCGAUUGGUCUCUACGGUAACGGUUUCAAGUCGGGGUCCAUGCGUCUGGGACGAGACGCCAUCGUGUUCUCCAAGUCUCUAGAUGGAGACACCAUGCAUGUAGGCAUGCUCUCACAGAGCUACCUGGCACAGAUUAAAGCAGAGCAGAUCAUCGUACCCAUUGUCUCCUUCCAACGCGUUGCACACAACCAGUUCCGUGUGAAUGAGAAGCACAAGGCCAGUCUGCAGGACAUCCUGUAUUACUCUCUCUUUAAGACGGAGAACGAGCUGCUCACAGAGCUCAAAGCCAUCAACUCCACUUGCUCCAUGGGCUCUUCAGGAACACGCAUCAUCAUCUGGAGCCUGCGCAGGACAUUAACAGGACAGACAGAAUUUGAUUUCACAACAUCCAGUUACGACAUCAGAAUCCCGUUGGAUGUGUUGGAGAGCACCAGUGAGCAAUACAGGCGGUCGGAGCUGCUCACAAAACCAGAGAGUUACUACUCGCUACGUGCAUACUGCAGUAUUCUGUACCUGAAGCCGCGUAUGCAGAUCGUCAUUCGAGGGCAGAAAGUGAAGACUGAGCUCAUCUCCAAGAGCCUGGCAUACAUCGCUAAGGACUAUUACAAGCCCAACUUUGUGAACAGACGUAUUCCCAUCACGUUUGGGUACAACACCAAGAGCAAAGACCAAUAUGGCAUCAUGAUGUACCACAAGAACCGCCUUAUAAAACCUUAUGAGCGAGUGGGCGUUCAACUCAAGGCCAACAUCCAAGGUCUCGGGGUCAUUGGGGUUAUCGAGUGUAACUUUCUGGAGCCCACCCACAACAAGCAAGAUUUUGACAAUACCGACAAAUACAGGAAAACCAUCAACAACUUAGGGGUUAAGCUGGAGGACUACUGGAAAGAGAUCCGCUUUAAAAGAGACAAAGAAGAUCCUAACAGCACCGUACCAGUGGAAGACACCAUGAAGCGCCCGGACCAGAACUGGGUGCAAUGUGACACCUGCCUGCGCUGGAGGAAGCUGCCAGAUGGGAUUGAUUGCAGACUGCUCCCAGAGAAGUGGUUCUGCCACAUGAAUCCCGACCCCCAAUUCAGGAGCUGCAUGGUAGAGGAAGAGCCUGAAGACUCCGAUGAUGACCAACCUUCAUACCAGAAAACCUACAAGCAACAUGAAAGGAACACCAAAAUGCAGCAGGAGUGGAAACGACAACAGUAUGAAGAUGAGCAGAAGAAGGCAGAGCGGAUGCGGAUCGCAGCGCUGGCUCGGCAGAACGAAGCUCUGAGGCGCCAACAGGAGGACCUGAAACUGCAGCUAAUAAAGACAUCGAGCUUCAGGACAGCUGUACAGAUGUCUCCAGCUUCUGCUCCCCCUACAGUCAGAGUUAAUGUGAAGGCACCACUGAGCACUAGGGCUACCACAGCAUCACCACUCAGUGCUAGGCCCAGAUCAUCUCCUCUCAGGAUCUCUCCCCUCACUCAAUCAGGGACCAGCCCUUCCUCCAACCACAUGCCCAUCAUCUCUAGCGUGUGCUCUCUUUCAACCCCUCCAGCCCCUUCAACACCUUCAAGAAUGAAGAGAACAUUGGCCAUGACCUCUGAAAGGGACACCAAAAGACCCAGGGUGAACGGUUUCCACCAAAACACCUCUAUGGGAUCCGCAUCAACGGCAGCAGAGACGAAUGUGUCAUCCCCAUCAGUCAUCAUCCCGAUUGACGAUGACGAUGAUGAGAUCACGGAUGACGAUGACAUUGUUAUCUUGGAGACCAACAGCACCCCUAUUCCAAAGAAGGCAACCUUUGACAUGGGCAAGGUAAAGUCAGAGAGUAGGGCUGUGGAAACCCCUUCUGGCACUGGCAAUGUUAGGACCAAUGGCAUAGGAACAAGCUCCGUGGAAACGGGAACCGCAGCGACCAACCUCUCCCCUCUACCACCUUCCUCAGAGCAGAUGAGCAUCACCACCCAGACAGACAUACGGGGUGACGUGAAGGAUGAAGAGGAGGAGGAGCGAAAGAAAAAGGAGGAAGUGGAAAAGGAGAAGGAGAGAAUAGAGAACUGGACAAAAGUGAAGAACAAAGAAGAGGACAACAAGAAGAAGGAGGAAAGAGAUAGGAAGAGAACAGAACCAGGCCAAUCCUCUGCAGGCCCAUCCUCUGCAGGCCCAUCCUCUGCAGGCCCCUCCACACCAGGCCCCUCCACACCAGGCCCCUCCACACCAGGCCCCUCCACACCAGGCCCCUCCACACCAAACCCCUCCACACCAGGCCCCUCCUCUGCAGGCCCGUCCUCUGCAGCCCCAUCCACACCAGGCCCAUCCACACCAGGCCCAUCCUCUGCAGGCCCAUCCUCUGCCGGCCCAUCCUCUGCAGGCCCAUUCUCUGCUGGCCCAUCUGUCCCAGACCCAUCAGACCUUCCUCGGAUUGACUUCCGUAACCUGUCAGAGGCACAGGAGCAGCAAGAUCAGCUGCUGGAGCUCAUGCAGGCUGCAGCCCAUGAGAGGGACCAGUUCAAGGAACAGGUCCACAAGCUGACCUGCCAGCUCCAUGACCUGGAGGGCAGCAUGCAGGAGCAUUCCCGGGCCGCUGUGAAGAGAGAGCAAUGCCACCUGGCAUGUCAGACUGGAGCAGGGGAUGGAGAACGAGAGCCGGCAGAGGGGAGUAAGGUCAGUGACCAGCUGGCUGUACAGGUAGACACUCUGCUCCAGGACCUCAGCAAUGCCAACUGUGAACGUGACAUGCUACGCUCCCAGGUGGAGGCUAUGAAAGAGGAGAAGGGCAACCUCUUGUCCCAGUGUGAGACGCUGCAGCUGGACGUGGUGGAGCUGAGGAGGGAGAAACAAGAGUGGGAGAGAGAGAAAGAGGAGAGAGAGAAACAGGAGAGAGAAGCAGCUCAGGCUGCAGCUGCCCAGACAGAGAGGGGAGACGUAGCGGCCACUAGUGCUGCUAAUGGCUCGACCUCGGAGGCACCCCAGACGCUGAGGGAGCUUCGGAGGAGCAUUGGUCGUCUCCUUGUCACGUUUGUUCCAGCGUUGGACCUUGAACAAGUCAACUACGACUGUCCAGUCAUCGACGAGAUCCUCCAUCAGGUUCUUACUGAUGUGGAGACGUUGGGGCCUGCGUAAGGGCCUGGGGCGGGAUAUGGAUGGAGGGGUUGUCCUCCAUCUAACUCUGUGAGGAGAGGCAGACCUGGAGAUGGUCACAGAGACUUCCUGCCUCUCCUUUUACCUCUGCGUUUUUACACUUUUUAAAUGUAUUUUCUAUGGAUUUUUUACUAGUGAAAGAGGGAAUGAACUGAAAAGUAUUUAUUUGUAUUGCUGUACAAACACUUUUAUAUUGUUCCAUGACCAUGGUGGUACUUAAUGAUGCAACAAACAGUAAGCUAUUUUGCACUGAAACUUUGGGGUUACUGAGUUCAACCUCUCCUUCUCACAAACACUUACUACUCCAAUGUGGAUGGAGGCUCUAGAAUCAUGUCAGUGUUCCGGGAAGAUGUUUUUCUCUUCGAUUACAGGUGACCACAGUGAACUUUCCUGGAAUGAUGUCAGGAACAGAGGAGUUUUCACUUGAUGAGUUAAGGGACAUAGUCUCCACCAUGAUCUGCUCUGUGGCUUGGUAGAAGGACUCCCUUCUCUCCCAAAACAGACAUAGCCAUCAGUUCUACAUCGUUCCUAGAUCAAGACAGAUUAAGUUCAGUAUUCAAUGUUGCAUUCACUCUUAUGUGCUCAUGUUCAUUUAUAUGCUAAGAAAUAAUGAAGACUUUUUCACCCAAA